AUGCCGAAAAAGCCUCCUUCGUCGGGGCGAUCGACGAAACCAAAGCCUCCGUCUACUGCUCCACGAAAACCUGUGACAACUGCUUCUGGUACAUCUCAACCUCGUCCUCCACCUUCUCAUGCACCCCCAGCACCUGCAUAUGGAGGACUACCGAAGCCUCCUCCGGGUGCUGAAGCUUCAGCGCAAAGGGCAAGAUCCCAUGAAGCUGCAAGUCGCCGACCACGAUAUCCCCCGACAUCAAGCCCCAGGCACUCAUACUAUGAACGUCCAAGACGGAGAGACUCGGGUUACCGGUCUAUUUCACCUCGUGCCCGACCACCCCCGCCAGCACCAGUGCAAAGAGUACUCAGGCGUCGUGUAACAAGAGAUUCGGAUUGGAUGUCAGAGGAUGAGAGUCGGCCUACGUCACGUCGAAGAUCUCCAACCCCAACACGUGCUCACAAACCUGAUCGUGAUCGUCCACAUGGACAUGAGACACCAUCCUGGCCAUCUUCCCCAAAACCACCUGCCGGUGUACGUCCUCCGAUGAGGUCGUAUCCAACUGAUAGCUCCCGUCCAAACCCGAGAAGAUUCCACUCUUACGAAGCACCACUUUCACCCAGGCGUCCUCCUGGAGCUGGUAAACGAUCUCCGCCUUCCGGCUAUAGGCCGGCGGCUCAUCUUGCUGCAGAGAUGCUCAGAGGUCGACCCCAAUCAAGGGGAGAAUCGCCGCUAAGCAACCAUGAAACUCAUCAGCCGCUAGAAAGGGGAAGGAAGCCAGACACAGGUACUUCGAAGCCACAGCCUGUCAGGCCUCAAAGAAGGCAAGAGGAUAAGCCAACUGAGACACCAAAAAGAGAGCAGCCUCAAAAGAAGGGUUUUGAUUUCUUGAAACAUCUCCCGCAGGCACUGGCCACCUACGCCGGUGUCGAAGCACUGGGCGAACAUGCAGACACGGCCAAAGAAUGGGCAGACUGGUUCAUGGAUAUGCGAAAGACUCCUGAGGAGAUCCACGAGGUUUCAGCCAAAGUGACAACAGCGAAGGAUACCAUUACUCAGAUCCAGAAUACUUUAGAAGCCCGACCAGAUAUAAUCGAGGGAGAUGACGCUCUCCCGAUGAGGAAGCAGAUUGACGAGUCUAUCAAGAAUGCCACAGCUGCCUUGGACAAGAUGACAAAGUUGCUUCAGGAAAUUAGCAGUGAUGGCCUCGAGGGGACGGUGUUUGGGGGUCUGGAAGAGUUUUAUAACUCGUACAAGUACAAGGACGAGUGGGAGAAGAAGAUCAAACUAGCUGAUGCCGAUCUUGAAAAGCAGUUGGCAUCUCUGAGUAAGCUCAUGGUAAAUAUUUACUCGCGCGCUCUUAUGAAGCCUGCUCCCCCUGGCCUAGACAAUCCAGUUCCGCCACCAGCUCCAGGGAAGUCGGCUGAUUCACCUGAUGCCCGGCGGCCGAGUACCACAAGCCACGGAUCGAAGUCACGGGCAAGUCUGACAGGAUUGGAUCCUCCUCCAAUCGGCAAGUUUAGGAAAUCGGUUGAUGGGGAUGAUAUUGAGGCGGUGCAUACUGAAGAACCUAAGCCCGAACCUGAGACUAAGAAGGAUAAGAAGGCAGAAGAGGAUCCAAGCACACAUGUCAAGGAGCAGGAGGAAGACAAUAGGGCAGAUGCGGAGGAGAGUGCUCCAACGGAAACUUCUAAAGGGGUGAAACCCAAGCUGGACGAGGACUCAGCUGAAGUGCCACCACCAUCAACUACAGCUGGACCCGAACAGACAAAAGAGGAGGAGACGCCUAAGAAAGACGAGCCUACUGGUAUCAAGCCCGCACAAUCAACUCCAAUAGAGGUCAAACCCCCAACACAACCCCAGCCAAUCCGAGAUCCUGGAGAUCUUCUCCUCGACGCCGCGUGGAACGGAGACACCCAAGCUUGCAGCGACGCCCUCCGCGCCGCAUCUCCCUCAACGCGCGACCAACAAGGUCUAACACCUCUUCAUCUCGCCGCCGAACGCGACCAUCUCGCUAUAGCAAUGCUCCUCCUCGACCACAAAGCCCCCAUCAACGCACGCGCCAACGGCGGCCGCACACCACUGCACCUCGCCGCGCGCUACGGCUCAGCCGCGUUGGUAGAGUAUCUCGUCGACGACGGACGCGCAGAUGUGAAUGCGCGCACGGUAGAUGGACGCACACCGCUGCACUAUGCGGCGGGCGUGGCGGAGGAUGGCGAUGAGGAGAGGAGGGAGGUGGUCAGAGUGCUGAGGGAUUGGAAGGCUGAUCCGACGGUGGAGGAUAAUAAGGGGAGGACGCCGAGGGAUGUUGCGCAGAAGAAGGACUUUUGGGAUGUUUCGUCAACAUUGAGACGUGCGGAGAAGAGGUGGGAGGAGGAGCAUCAUCAAAAUUGGUUUCAGAGACAUGGACUUAAACGAUGA